AUGAAGUCGACACUCUUCUUCUCCCUCGCCGCGACGGCGAUUGGUCUCGUGAGCGCCGACGAACUCAAGAUCGACAAGACACACAGCGUCGAAUGUGAGCGCCGUACGCAGAACGGAGACAACAUUCACAUGCACUACCACGGCAGCCUUGCGGAUUCGGGCAAGAAGUUCGAUGCCAGCUACGAUCGCGGGCGGCCAUUGACCUUUGUGUUGGGAUCCGGACGUGUCAUCAAAGGUUGGGAACAGGGUCUGCUCGACAUGUGCAUCGGUGACAAAAGGACCUUGACCAUUCCCCCCAAGCUCGGAUACGGACAGCGCGCUAUGGGGCCUAUUCCCGCCGGAUCGACGCUCAUCUUUGAGACCGAGUUGGUGGGCAUCGAUGGCGUCGAGCCGCCCGAGACUAUCGAACCCGAGGUCCUCGUUGAGGAGGUUAAGACAGAAGCGGAGGGCGUCGCAGAAAAGGUCGCCAGUGCCGCGGCCGAGGCCGCAGACGCGGCCAAAACCAUGAUUGCCGACACAGACGAUAUCGAGGGCCACGAGGAGUUGUAG